UCUAAAGCCGGUAUAGCUUGAUAGUUCUCCCUAUAAAGUGGCACUUAUUGUUAGAGUUAAACCACACUCUCAAACCAAAUCUACCUGUGUCAUCUAACUUCAAUCUCUCAGCUAACACAACAAUGUCAAAACAUCUUCAAGAACCCGUAACCACUAACCCUAAUCAGGUUUUAAACAAAGAAGAACAAGCAGCCAACGAGAACAUGGUGAGCUUGCAAGCUGAGAGUAUAGUGAACACUGUGGCUUUCCCUAUGGUUCUUAAAGCCGCCUUGGAGCUCGGCGUCAUCGACACCAUCGCUGCUGCAGGCAACGGCGCGUGGCUUUCACCCUCCGAGAUAACGGUUAGUCUCCCAACCAAACCAAUGAACCCAGAGGCACCGGUUUUGCUGGACCGGAUGCUGCGGUUACUCGUCAGCCACUCGAUGUUGAAGUGCCGUAUGGUAAAAAGCAGAGAAAACGGUCGAACCGGAAAGAUGGAAAGGGUAUAUGCAGCCGAACCGGUUUGCAAGUAUUUCUUGAAAGAUAGUGACGGUUCUGGUUCUCUCGCGUCUUUGCUCGUCAUGUUCCAUGACCAAGUCAUUUUUAAGACUUGGACAAAGCUCAAGGAUGUGAUACUGGAAAGAAGAGAUGCGUUCAGCAAUGCACACGGCAUGAGACUAUUUGAAUACAUUAAGUUGGACGAACGGUUCGGUGAGCUAUUUCACCAGGCAAUGUCAGAAUCUUCCACUAUGGUCAUGAAGAAGGUCUUAGAACUUUUCAAAGGUUUUGAAGGUGUUAACACUCUAGUGGAUGUAGGAGGAGCAAAUGGCACCAUAUUAGGUUUAAUCACAUCCAAGUAUCCUCAUAUCAAGGGUAUUAAUUUGGACCUAGCUGAGGUUUUAACACAUGCUCCAUUUUAUCCAGGAGUCGAGCAUGUCUCUGGAGACAUGUUUAAAGAAGUUCCAAGGGGAGAUGCCGUCUUUAUGAAAUGGAUACUACAUGACUGGACGGACGAACAUUGUAUAAAGAUUCUAAAGAAUUGUUGGAAGAGUCUGCCGGAAAAGGGAAAAGUGAUAAUUGUAGAGAGGAUUACACCAGAAGAACCAAAGAGUGGUGACCUUUUAUCUGACACUGUGUUCGCCAUGGACCUGCUAAUGCUGACACAGUGUUCGGGAGUGAUCUUCUUCAGUUUUUCGGACCAACAACAACAAGAACAUUGGCAAACCAAACCGAUGUUUUUGAACAAUCGCAUACGGCAUACCAAUGUGAUAGGGAUGGGGCACACAUCUACAGGAAAUACGGAGAAAUCAACUGAACAUAACAAUAUAACAAUGAACAUAACAAUAACAAGCCAGUUUCAGUCGGGCUUUACACUAUCAAAUCAUAUAAAACUGUUGCUUUCAGCCCAAUAUAAAACAGGGCCUGCACUGUUCUUAGCUUAUCUCCUAAUCCAAUUAUUCAUAGGACAUAUAAACUAUAUGUUCAUCUCUCUAAGAUGUGCAUCAUAUAUUGCACUCGUUAGUUAUCCAACACUCUUCCAACUUGAGGAAGAUGAAGAUUUCCAAUAUACAACUUUGUCCAAUAACUCUUAGAACUGUACCUGUCUGAAUG